AUGGGAGGGGAUGGUCAGGCACUUGCAAAUAAGCGUAGACUUUUAGAGGACUCGAAGGUUUUCGUCACAGCCGAACAGCUGCGGAAGGCGGAGGGAGGAAAGGAUUCGGGUGUGACGCAGACUGAAAAGGAACGGAGGGUGCAGCGGUGGACACAUUGCGCCCUCUCGUUGGAGCCUUUGGAAACUCCCAUUGUGUUUGAUCUCUGUGGCCGCUUGUAUUCCAAGCGGGCCGUACUAGACGAGCUGCUGCAACAGCGGCAUCGGCACACAACCAAGGAAAAAUCUCAGGCGGAGAAUCCUGUCAUUACAAAGCUUUCGGACGUGUGUGAGAUUAGGAGCGUGGAGGACGGCGAGCGGCCUUGUAUCCGAUGCCCCUUAAGCGGGUUUGAGGCGGCCUCAGGGCUUCACAAGUUUAUUGGAUUUUGGGGAUGUGGACACGUCGUAUGUACGGCUUCCUGCUCUGAGUCGGCCGUAAAGCAGAGUGGGGUGGGUGACUCCACUUGUGCCGCUGCACCGGCAGAUGCUACGUGUCGGUUCUGUGGGGAGGACAGUUUUCAGGUACCACUGAUUCUCAGCACGGAAGCAGAUGAAGUUGCUCAGUGGCAACGGCUGCGUCCGCUGCAGCGCCUCGCCUGCAAACGUAAGCGGUCGAAAAGCUAG